AUGGUCAAGAUAGCGGAACUCAAGGCAGACCAGUUGCGGUAUCUGCUAAGAGAAUGGAAUUUGGGAGUUUCAGGGUCCAGAGCAGAACUAGUGCAGAGACUAGUGGACCACGAAAAUUCGGAAGAAGUAAAUUUGGCACAUGCAGUUGGAAAUAUGAGCCAACAAGAGGAAGCACUCGCAGCACAGGCGGCUGCGAUUUCUCAACUACAACAGCAGAUGACGACGCUGACAAACAUGAUGGCGCAGCUUGUCAAUAAUAUGCCAACAGCUAAUCAGCAGCAGCAGCGGCAGCAACGGGAAGAUGAAAUUGACAUAGAUGAUUUUAUCAACCGUAAGCCUGGCGACAAAGCGGCGAUCAGCCAUAGACAAGCGUUGGUAAAGGAAAUAGCAAACACUUUACCAGAUUAUGACCCCGGAGAUGACAAUUCGAUCUCAGUCAAUCAAUUCAUCGAUCGUGUCAACAAAGUGAUAUUACACACCACAUGGAACAGUUUUGCAGUGGCAAUCCGAGAAGAAUUCGGAUCGAAGCCGGACGAGGCAGAAAUUCACUUCAACAUGGCAAAUGCAACCAGACGAUCGAAGGAAACCGUAAAGGAGUAUUGUUUCCGUAUGUCAGCACUUGGAAUUCGAUUUAAGCUUAGUGAAGCAGCCGUCAUCCGAUAUGUUAGAGCGGGUCUACAGCACAGAGAGUUGCAAAACAGUAUUGCAGCCAUUCAUUUUUCGUCGAUGAAAGAGUUUCGCGACGCUACCGAGGCAUACUUUAUCAAUCGAGGGAGGCCCAAUUUAAAUAAGAAAGAGUUCUUACCCAAAUCCAGUACUUUUGAGGUAAAGCUGGAAAAUGAGAGGAGAUGCAAUAAGUUUCAUGCCACCGAUGUGAUUUGCCAAGCCGCACAGGUGAUGCGUUUGGGUGCAUCCAAUCAGGACAAGCUGUUCACUCGUUUAAUCCACAUCAACGAGAAAGGCUAUAACGCUUUCAUUGACAGUGGAAGCCAAGCCAGUAUUAUUCGCAAAUCCAUUGCGGACGAGAUCGGCGCAGAUCGACAGGAGUGCUUCAUGAAAAUUGUGGGAAUAUGUGGAGGUUCACGUAUCCUUACCGAAGCUUUGGUAUUAGAUAUCGAAAUUGCUGGAAAAAUCGUGACAGCCAAAUUUUACAUCACCGAAGACUUGGACUUGUUGUUGGGACAAGAUGUCAUCACAUGCGCUGAAUUGUUGUGGAAAUUCGAGCCAACCGAGAUUGAACUCAAGAGAGCAGUUCAUCAGCCGGUAACACGCUUAGAAGGCAUAGGCAAAACCAACGUCGUCCAGGCAAAAAUUGAUGUUGAGGGUGGCCAAGUAGUCUCUCAAGCGCCAUACCGAGUCUCCGAGCCGAAGAAGGAAGUUGUCGCCAAGAUGGUCGACGAACUAUUAGAGCGAGAUAUCAUUACUCCAUCAACGUCAGAGUACGCCAGCCCGGUGGUACUCAUCAAGAAGCCGAACGGUAGUGACCGUCUUUGCAUCGAUUACCGCCGCCUGAACAAGCUGAUCAGAAAGGAAAAUUUCCCCGUACCGAAUAUUGAGGAAAGGUUGCAGGAAGCGAAGCGUUUCGCAUAUUUUUCGUCACUAGGCCUGAAUAGCGGAUACUAUCAGAUCGAAAUGGAACCAGAGAGUAGGAAGUUCACUGCAUUCAUCACAACGGAUGGACUAUUUGAGUUUAAACGUCUUCCUUUUGGGCUAAAGAACGCACCUGCUGCAUUCAACAGACUCAUGGCAGAGUUACAGAAACGUGUGAAGAAAGGCGACAUGAUUCAUUACAUGGAUGAUAUCCUCAUUGGCAGCCAAACUUUUGAUGAGAUGUACGAAAAACUAGAGAGAGUUUUACAAGUAUUGCGAGACUGCGGAUUGACGUUAAAUCUAGGCAAGUACUUCGAAAAGCCAAACAAUAUCACCGAAGUGCGACCGUUUUUGGGUCUCAUUGGAUACUUCCGGAAAUUCGUACCUGGAUAUGCAAUAAUAUCAGAGCCAUUGCGAAUCCUUUUACGCAAAGACCAAAAGUUUAAAUCGGAGCAGCCACAAGACGAUGCUUUUGAGAAAUUGAAGAUAUCCCUCACGUCAAAACCUGUUGUAACUAGCUACCGCAUAGAUGCUGAAAAUGAAGUACAUACAGAUGCAAGUGCCAUUAGAUUAGCUGGAGUUCUAAUGCAAAAAGAUGACGAUCAAUUAAAGCCCAUCGCAUAUUAUUUUCGAUCCACGUCCAAGACAGAGAAAAACUAA